ACACAACCUGCUCUCUUUAACAAAUCAUGAAUGAACCAAAACAUGAUUAUCCUUACCCUGCUCAAGGAGGAGGUUAUAAUCAAGAACCGCCGGUGAUGGCGCCACCUCAAUAUGCCGCACCUCCUCCUCCCCGACGACGUGGUUUCUUUGAAGGCUGUCUAGCGGUUCUGUGUUGCUGUUGUUUUGCUGACGAGUGUUGCUGUGAUCCAAAUAUCAUUUGCUUCUGAUCGCUUUCCUUGUUGCGGUGAAUAGAAGAAAUAUGAAUUGUAUUUUGUUCUUGUUUUGUUUUAGAUUUUAAUUUAAAUGUAUUUAUUUACUUAUUUAUGGUGUUCUAAUGAAUCCAUGUACUAGCACUUUGUGUUUGUGUCAAUAAAUUACAAAUUU